UAUACUUGCCCUUUGUGCAGCUUCUUAUCCAGGCUAUCUUCUUGGAUUAGUAUUCUCUAACUUCUGUAGAGAGAGGGAGAGAGAGAGAGAGGAAGAUGGAGGUGAAUGAACAUGGCUUCUUGGAGGAGUUACUCGCUCUAAGAGGAGACCCUUGGGAAACCAUUCCUACAGGAAUGAAUGAGUUCUUCUCACAUGGCUGGGGUUUUGAUUAUCGUUUUGAUGAAAACCCAGUUACUUUUCUUCCAAACUCUUCCUUCGAAGCAUUCUCCGGACCUAUUGAACCAGGGUUCGGUUACUCAUUCAAUGAAAUGUACAGCCCAUUUGGAGAUGAAUUCUCCACACCCCAGGUUACCGAUUCCUCCUACACAAAGCAAGAUACACCCCCAUUUCCAACUCAAGAAGAUUAUCCAUUUCCGAUGAUGGAGGAGGAGGAACCUGCAGUUCACCCUGGGGUCGAUCUCCACAACAUGGGGCUUCAAGCUACUUGUAAAGUGGAGCCAAUUCAAUCCACUGAAUUUCCAGUUUUCAACGUGGGCGUAUGUAACGAGGUAAAGAAUAAGCGGACCAAGAAGGUGGAAGGGCAACCUUCCAAGAAUCUAAUGGCUGAGAGAAGGCGCAGGAAGCGAUUGAAUGACCGGCUUUCAAUGCUAAGAUCUGUUGUCCCCAAAAUUAGCAAGAUGGACAGGACAUCUAUACUUGGAGAUACCAUAGAUUACAUGAAGGAGCUAUUAGAGAGAAUCAACAAUCUGCAGGAAGAAAAUGAAGUGGACUCCAGUCAGUUGAACUUGCUGGGCAUAUUCAAGGACUUAAAACCAAAUGAAAUCAUGGUCAGAAAUUCGCCUAAGUUUGAUGUGGAAAGAAGAAACAUGGAUACCCGGAUAGAAAUUUGCUGUGCAGGGAAGCCAGGAUUGUUACUAUCUACAGUAAAUACCCUGGAAGCAUUAGGACUUGAGAUUCAACAGUGUGUUAUUAGUUGUUUCAAUGAUUUCUCAAUGCAAGCUUCUUGCUCAGAGGAAUUGGAGAAGAGAACAAUGGUAAGUUCUGAGGAACUAAAGCAAGCAUUAUUUAGAAAUGCAGGGUAUGGAGGAAGGUGUCUGUAGAAUGAAAGAAGGGAAGGGCAGAAGAAGGAACAAGUCGGGGGUGAAGCUUCACUUGCCAAAUCUCUGUAUUUUAGUUUUUCAAUGAGCUUUACAAGUGACAGGCUGUAGUAAUUUUUGUCUUACUGAAUGAAUAAGUGGUUUCUAUUUCACUGGGGCCAUCUCUCAUCUCACAACCAAUUUUUGUGGUAUCUGUAUCAAUUGGAGAUUGUUUAUUAA